GCAUGGCUUCCUUGAACGUAAGCCCAUCAUGGGUGUGCGAGAGAGGGUGGCAGGUGAGAGUAUUGAUGAGCGGUGGAAGGCAUAGCUUCCUUGAAGGUAGGCCCAUCAUGGCUGUGCAUUGAUUAUCCUUCCACACCUCCCUUCUCUCCAACUCUCUAUUUAUUACAGCCCUUCUCUCUCACCUCUUCUAUGUCUGUUUCCCCUUCUUGGCCUCUGUUCCACCGCUUCAAGCCUCAAUUCGACCCUCUUCCCAUUUGAUAGCUGAAACAAGCACAAUUUUGUUUCUGGGUAAGCUCUGAUUUAUCUAAAAAAUUCCCAAAGCUUUCAGAAAGAUUCCCUCUGUAGAAAUCACUACAUUUCAUUCAAGCUUUCUCUUGAAACUAGAAGCCACUGUUUCGUCAUAUAUGACGAAAGGAAAUAAAAAUAGCUUCUUUCUUAUUUUGUUUUGGAGAAUCAAGAGUUUUCAAGAUUAGCUCAUGCACUCUGUUUUAUUUUAUUUUCUUUUCUUUGCUUAUUGUGAGAUCUAAAGCAGAGAGGGAAAACCAUGAUUUCAAUUGCUUCUCCUGAAACACAGCCACCACAGAUCUCUUCCCAAACCUCAACAUCUACAGAGAACCCAUCACACCAAGAAACAUUCAUUUUCCGAUCAAAACUCCCAAACAUUCCCAUCUCAAACCAUCUCCUUCUCCACACAUAUUGCUUUGAAAACAUCUUAGAAUUCUCAGAGCAACCCUGCUUAAUCUCUGGCUCCAAUGGUAGAAUAUUCACAUAUGCAGAAACCCAGCUUCUCUGCCAAAAAACCGCAGUCGGGUUAUCAAACCUCGGCAUCAAGAAAGGGGAUGUCAUCAUGGUUUUCCUCCAAAACUCCCCUGAAUUCGUCUUCUCCUUUAUGGGAGCUUCCAUGAUUGGAGCCAUAGCCACAACAGCCAACCCAUUUUAUACCCAAACAGAGAUUUUCAAGCAAUUCAGAGCCUCUGGAACAAAGCUCAUCAUUACCCAAUCACAGUAUGUUUCCAAGCUUCGCGAUUCCACCGACGAAUUCCCAAAGAUAGGAGAAGAUUUUAAGGUGUUUACCGUCGAUGAUCCACCGGAAAAUUGCUUCCAUUUCUCGGUAAUCUCAGAAUCAGAUGAGAAGGAUUUGGUAACGGUUUCGAUUGAUCCGGAUGACCCGGUUGCACUUCCAUUCUCUUCGGGCACUACUGGGUUGCCUAAAGGUGUAAUCUUGACACACAAGAGUUUGAUUUCAAGCGUAGCCCAACAAAUCGAUGGAGAGAAUCCAAAUCUGUACUUGAAAACAGACGACAUUGUUCUCUGUGUUCUUCCUCUGUUUCAUAUCUAUUCUUUGAACUCUGUUCUGCUCUGUUCUCUUAGAGCUGGUUCUACGAUUCUAUUGAUGCAUAAGUUUGAGAUUGGAGCUUUGUUAGAGUUGAUACAGAAGUACCGGGUUACCGUAACCCCGGUUGUUCCACCGCUGGUUUUGGCAUUGGCGAAGAAUCCGAUGGUUGAGAAAUUUGAUCUCAACUCUAUCCGGAUCGUGUUGUCUGGGGCAGCUCCACUAGGGAAGGAAAUUGUAGAGGCACUACACAAACGACUACCUCAGGCCGUGAUCGGACAGGGUUAUGGGAUGACAGAGGCUGGGCCAGUUCUAUCAAUGUGCCUAGGGUUUGCAAAGCAGCCCAUCCCAACCAAGUCCUGUUCGUGUGGUACCGUGGUGAGGAAUGCAGAGCUCAAGGUCAUCAACCCUGGGACUGGUUUGUCACUCCCACACAACCAACCUGGAGAAAUAUGUAUUCGAGGACCUCAGAUUAUGAAAGGGUACCUGAAUGACCCUGAUGCCACAGCAAUAACGAUAGACGUAGAGGGUUGGCUUCACACAGGUGAUAUAGGUUAUGUGGAUGAUGACGAAGAGGUCUUCAUUGUCGAUAGAGUUAAGGAGCUCAUCAAAUUCAAAGGCUUCCAAGUCCCACCGGCUGAGCUUGAGGCCCUUCUUGUGAGCCACACAUCCAUUGCUGAUGCUGCAGUCGUCCCACAAAAAGAUGAUGUUGCUGGAGAAGUUCCGGUUGCAUUUGUUGUCCCAUCCAAUGGGUUUGAGCUCACUGAAGAGGAUGUGAAGGAAUUCAUAGCCAAACAAGUGGUGUUUUAUAAGAAAUUGCACAAGGUCUACUUCAUCCAUGCAAUUCCCAAGUCCCCAUCAGGAAAGAUUUUGAGAAAGGAUCUUAGAGCUAAACUUGCCUCAUCAGGCACCUAGACAGGAAAAAGAAGUUUCUGUGUAGGUUUGAGAUUGUAAAAGGCACCUUGCUGUUUUGGUUGGGCAGGGAAAGAGAAGGGGG